AUGCCAAAACGAAAUGAACAAGUUACGAAAAGCAGUGGUUCCAUAAGCGAUUCAUCCUUUGGAAGUAACAACGAGGAGGACAACCCAAAGAUAGUUAGCGAUGGAGUAAAGGAGAAGAAGAAGAAAAAAAAAUUAACCAACGGGGAUAGCACUGUAGGGCAAAACAAAAAAAAGGGGACAAUCAACGGGAAUAAUCACGUAGGGGAUAACAAGAAGGAAACACACAACGGAGACAACUACGCAGAGGAGGACAAAACCAACGUUACCAAUGAUGAUAAUUAUGCCGAAGAAGACAAAACUGUAGGCAGGACCAGAAGUAAAGGCAUAAGCCUAGAGACAAACAACGAAUGUGUAGACGAUGUGGAUAAACUAAAAAAUGGGAAUAAUAAUUCGUACAAGAAAAAGAAAAGCACUGACGAAAUAAACGGAAAGGGAGAAUAUGGGGAAGAUCAAAAUGUUACUAAAAAUAAUCAGAAGGUAGAAUGUAGGAGGAGGAAAAGUGGAAGUAAGGACAUCAAAGGAUACAAAGAUUUAAAGCACCUGAAGGAAUAUGCUAAUGUUAAAAGUACAAAUAACCGAUUUACAAAUUUUAUUCGAUUUUAUGGAUACAAAGGAAUACCCAAUAAUGGAAGUAAAAACAGAAUGUCCAUAGCGAGCCAAAAUAAUACUAGCCAUAAUUUAAAUAUGCAAAACCAUGAAGGUAAUAUAGAUACUUUUAAAGUAAGAUUGAUCUCCUCACUGAUACUGUUAUUUUUUUCUUUGCUAACGGUGGCAGCUGGACACUUCUACUGUUCUAUGCUAGUGCUAGUACUGGUAAGCUUUGUGUAUAGAGAAAUAAUAUCUUUGAAGAGCGUAGAAAAUAAGGACAAAAAAUUGCCGGAAAUUUUUUACAUAAGAUGGUACUGGUUUUUCUUAACCAUAUUGACAUGGGGUAUACCUUGGGUUAUCCCCAAAUUGAAACAUCAAAUAGGAUUUUUUAAGUACAUGCUAAAAUAUCACUCGAUAAUUAUGUUCAUAUCAGCUUUUUUUGGAUUAAUAUGGUUUAUACUAUCUUUAAGAAAGUUUUCUUUAAAGUACCAGUUUUCUCAGAUAGGCAUCAUCCUAUUAUCUUCCCUCUUUAUCGUAACCCAAUUGUUAAUGCACAUUGCAAACAUCUACUCGGGGCUAAUUUGGUUCAUGGUCCCCGUAUCGUCAGUUGUUGUGAAUGAUACGUUUGCCUAUAUAUUUGGGGUCCUCUUUGGAAAAACAAAAUUGAUCGAAUUAUCCCCAAAGAAGACAGUUGAAGGAUUUGUUGGGUCAUCUGUUAUAACCGUUUUGUAUAGCAUAGGUGCAACGUACCUUUUACAAAACUAUAAAUUUUUUGUUUGUCCUCAAAAUCAUAUUUCGUUUAUCCCGUUUUAUACGCUGUAUACGACGGACUGUGAAGAUAGUUCCAUUUUCAAGCCAAAAUAUUAUACCCUACCCAGUCAGUUAUCCUCCGUACUGCCUAUCAGUAGAAUAUAUUACACCAACAUGGUUUUGCACGGAUUAGUCUUGAGCCUGUUUGCCGCGUUUCUGGCACCCUUUGGUGGCUUCUUUGCAUCAGGCUUUAAGAGAGCACUAAAAAUUAAAGAUUUUGGCCGUUCCAUUCCAGGACAUGGUGGAGCUACCGAUAGAUUUGAUUGUCAAAUUUUUAUUGGUAUGUUCACCUACAUCUAUUUGAAAACAUUUGUUAAGAUUAAAGGGAGGAUUAAUUAUUCCUAUGACGUCCUUAUCGACUCAAUACAGAAAUUGGAUCAUAAGGAGGUGCUGCGCCUUUUUAAUCAGCUAAAAAAUAUGAUAGACAAGAAGAGGAGGAAAACCAUCGACAGGAAGAGGGACCAGCAUAUCAAGCCCCCCCCCAAGGAUGACAAGUGCAACGGCAACAACAAGUAGCCUCUGACCUAGGCUCGGCGCGCUCGUUUGUCAUAUCCAGACAGAUAUGUAUACAUGUGCGUACAUAUGUAUACUUACGUAUAAUCUACAUUUUUAUGUAUUAUUUAGCCCCAUUAACGCACCGUGAUAGCAGCGCGCGGGCGGUGUGCACCCCCUCGUUGUGCAGCCUACAUGUGCUCACACAGAAGCGUAACAGAACUCGCAUUUUCCUGCCCCUUCCUAAUUAAAUAAUUCGCCCCCUAUUUACCCUCCUCACUUUUGUACAUAUUUUUUUUUAUGCUCAUUUUUGGUACGCCAAAAAUGUGAAGUGAAGAGAAAAAAGGAAGAAGGCAAGAAGAAGAGAAGCACAGUAUGCAUGGAGAGCCCCCUCCCUGAAUGUGCCCCCGUGUACAUUCCUUAUUAUCACAUUAAAGAAGAAAAAAUUUGCGUUCGUUUUCUUUUUCUUCUCCUUUUGUUUGAUACGCUGUUGUGUAUCAGUCCGAAUGUAAAACCUGUGGAAUAAGGCAUAGUGCGCGUGUGCGUAAGAACGUGUGUAUGUGUGUAUACAUACAUACACAUAUAUGUAUGUACAUCUACACACCAACAUUUCAGCAUAUGUGUAAUGUUUUUUUUCAAAUAUAGCUGAGCGUUUAAUGGGUGCUCCACAUACAUUAUAACGGACAAAUACAUUUAUGUACUGCGCGCGUGCAUGAGUAUGUCUUAUUUCCCAACGUACGAGU